CUCCGCUAGCAACUAGGAAACACUUAUAGAAAAUCUCACAAGGGAGUACCAUCUUCUCCAGUGAUAGACUGAUAAAUCUUCUCCAGUCUCCCCACACGCACACACACACGAAAGAAGAUUGUCGUGGCACUGAAAAUUGAGCUGGAACUGUUCGAUCGACUAACAAUCAGAUAGAUGUUUGCGAUUGUUCUGAGAAUAAUACUACCUUUUCACUGCAGUUUCACAGAGUAAUGGCCACCAACAACAGCGGGUUUAAGUUGUACAGUAGUAACAACAGUAACAGUUCUUCGGGCUGCGUUGGUGUUGGUGGUGCGAUGAGUAACAGUAGCAGUGGCUCGCUGAUUCCUGCCAUGGCUGGGAAUUACUGUAACGAUAGCCCUAGCAAUAACUACGAUGGGAUUGCAGCUGGGAUUUUGAGUAAUAGCAACAGCAAUCCCUUGUUGGAUUCUUCGCUCAUCCCUGGGCUGAAGCACGACACUGGUCUCGCUGUAGAAUGGUCCAUCGAUGAACAGUACAAGCUGGAGCAAGGACUGGUCAAAUAUGCAAAUGAACCCAAUAUUAUGCGCUAUAUCAAGAUUGCUGCCUCACUCCAGGACAAGUCCGUUCGUGAUGUUGCUCUUCGCUGUAGAUGGAUGAACAGAAAGAGAAGGAAGCCAGAGGACGAGAGCUCGGGGAAGAAAGUGAAGGAUCGCAAGGAUAAAUUGACGGAGUCAACUACGAAAAACACCAUCUCUUCAGCUUCGUCAAUGCAUGUGCCUGGAUAUUCACUAACUAAAAACCAUCAACAUCCAAGUGAUUACAUGCUAUCUGGAGUACUGGGUGGCACGACCAGACAUCUUCUGGAAGAAAAUAAUCGGGCUUUUGGUCAAAUUUCUGCAAAUCUUUCAUCACUAAAGCCCAUGAUAUUUGGCUCGUCAAGUUCUGUACCUAUGAAGCAGGAGUGGGGCUGCUAUGUCAAUGGAAAUGAAGGUGGUAGGAGCUGGCAGGUUUUCGUAUAGUGUACGUCUCCAUCACACAAAACUGUAUGAUGUUAAAACUGUGUUCUAGAGAUGUCAUUGAUUGAAGCUGCUAUUUGUUGGUGGAGCAGAGAUCGCAAAGAAAAAAAUAAUGUUACUCAGUAUUCUCUGUGUUCAGAAGCAGAGUUCGGUAAGAUUAGAAAACAUGAAGUUAUAGCUGCCAUCUUCGAUAUGUAAAUUUACAGAUUAGAAAGUUAAUACUUGAUUUGGUGCUUUAUUAAUUCCUGCUCUUCUUUAGUCAUCCCUAGUUAACUUCUGAAUUUUUAAUGCAUAUAUUUAAUUAUAUGGCGAUGGAAAGAGGACAUGC